CCUCUCUGGUAAAAUUUUGCUAUUUGCUCACUUUAAUUGUUAAAGUAAACUCAUAAAUUUAUCAAAGAUUGAGAAAUUGAGAAAGAAGUGGCACCAUGCUUCUCUCUUAAAACUUGGAAGUUCUCAGAUAAAUAUGAGAGCUGCCUUACAAAAGUUUAAAGCUCCAGCCUCUUGAGAGUUAGCCCUAGCAAUAUGAAGCAAUCCCAUGUGAUGGCCAGAGAGUGAGACAUUGAUGUUAGAAGAGAUACAAUCACUUUUAUUGACCAUGAAAAUGAGAGAAGACUGUUAUAGUUAAGGGCAAAAUUUUUGAACGAAAAUAGCAAAACUACAGCUUGGCAGCCCAUUUGGGACUACUUUCUUUCCGACAAGAGGCUGAUACUAAAGAAUCCAAUAGACACCAGAUAGAUACUCUUGAGGAUGUUCUUCACUAACCGAUGAAUAAAGCCAUGGCCAAAGAUGGUUUCAUCAAGCUUCUCAAUAUUAAGAUUCCUCGUUAAUUUCCACAUUG